GUGCUGUUUUCGUGUGUUGUGUAUUUUCGGCUGGCUGCUGCAGAGACAAAAACAACAACGAACGGCGAUGGCGGACGACCACCGAGCGUUUCGGGCGAGGCGGCUGUCGUUCUUUCAUGAGCAUGCGAGGGCAAGGACGGCAGCGGAUGACGACAGCCGUGCCGGUGGCAGUGGGGACGCAGAAGACACGGACGGAGAUGACACCGCUCAUUCCAUGGCUUCAUUUGACCGCAAGACACACACAGAGCAGCAGCGGUACUGGCUGCGAUCGCUAACGCGGUGGGAUCUGGAUGGCCUCUCCGUGAUGAUCAGGAAAGACCCCAGUCUUAUCGCAACCACAGACCUGUACACCGGCUCGUGUGCAUUGCACUACGCGGCAAGGCGUGGUGACCUGGAACUGCUGCAAGUACUGCUGCAGGGCGAUUAUCAGGCAGCGUUGCAUGUUCAGAACUUUGCCGGAAACACACCAUUGCAUGUCGCCUACGCCAACAACAUAAAUGGCAAGAACAGCGCCAUCGUCGAACACCUCAAAGUCAUCGGCGCUUCGGAGGACAUUCAGAAUCACGCCGGCCUCACGCCUGCUGAUAUGGAACAGAAAGCUUACGCCGAGUCGAAGCUGUUGCCGCUGGUGCAGCUCGAGCGACAGAAGAAGAAAGAGGCGCGCGUGAAGCCAAAGCUCUUCCAACCGCCCGACACCACCGAGUCCCCACUGCAGCGCCGCCUCACCCUCCGCGAAUCCGUCGGUGCGCUGUUCCGUGGGCGGCGCGGGACGGCGGGCACAAAGGACAGACCGAGCGGGUCAUUUCGCCGCCGCACAAAGACCGCCUCCGCUGCCUCCUCCUCUGCCAUGCUUGCAACCAGCCCCGCACCGGCACACACGUCCGCAGGAGCGCUCUUCUCUCCGCCACCCGGCAGUUCGCCCUUCAAGUUCCCAAACCGCAGCCACACCCUCACCUCCAUCUCGUCAAAUCCGCAAACGCCGUCAACACCGCGCUCUGCCUCUGCGGGAUCGGUGCAGGGCUUUUUCCAACGCGUCGCAAGCAGCAGGAAGAGCAAGGCCAAGUUUGGCUGAUGUACCAAUGUGGAAGGAGCGAGCGUUCGGUGGCAGUGGCAGUGGUGGUGCUUGGCUGCUUUGUCUUGUAUGCAAGGUAGGAUGAUGGUGGCGACACAAUCUUGUGCAAACUACACACACUGCGAUGAUCAGGUGUUUCCGUGUGACAAGUAAAUGUAAAGACAGCA